UCACGCCCACUUGGAGCUACUUUUGUUCAGCAAAGAACACUUGUAAGCUAUACAAAUUCAUAACUACCAGUCAGAGUUCAACAGUCAGCAGCUCGGAAAGGAUUCAAAGUACUCCUGAAAUAUGGUCAAGCUAGCAGCCACAUCCAAUGCCAUUUGGUGGAUCAAGAACCCCAAGGCAGCUGCGGAAAUGAAGUCCAAGGGUCAGCGUAAGAAGUCCCUGGGCUCCGCCUUCUGCUUGGAUAUGGCUGAUCUGGUUAGGAACAUAUCGCUCCAGGGCUACAAUAAGCUAUUGUCGCCAGACUUGACUUUGGGCCAAAGAUUGAUUUGGUUGCUGGUACACAUGGCCACCACCGUGUCCCUGAUAGUGGUGCUCUCGCUGACCUGGGAGCAGUUCGUGGCCCAGUCCUUUGUGACCAAUCUGAAGGAUCCCCUCUAUCCAGUGGAGAAUGUCCCAUUCCCGGCGGUUUCCAUCUGCCCCAACAAUCGCAUCUCUCGCCAAGCGGUCAUCACAUAUGCCGAAGAACUGAGACUAAACAGUCCUGUCAUUCGCCCUGUGGAGUACUUUCUAGAGCGCCUACGUUUCUUCCGCGAGCUGUACACCCACGUGGGCGUAGUGGUGGACACCGACGACUUCAUCACCUUUCAGACCUUCCUCGACGUCUUCGGCACCUGGAACAAUGAGACCUUCUUCGACACCCGCCGCAUCAUGAAAAUGUUGGCUCCUCGUUGUGAAGAAUUCGUGCUGAAGUGCACCGUGGCCAAUGUGGAAGUGCCGUGCUUCAGCAAGGAUGCCUUCCAGGAUAGCCUCACCAUGUAUGGACCCUGCUGCACCUUCAACUUGGGCAACAAACUAAAGAAGCGCCACUACAAGAAUCGGCUGGCAAGUCCGGAACUGGGUCUCAAGGUAGUCCUGAAUGACAGCCACGCGGAUUACUUUGCACCCAUCCUGAACACCAAUGGAUACAUUGUCCUGAUUCACAAUGCUGAGAACUAUGCCUCCGUUUCCUCCUCAAAUGUGCUGGAGAUGUUUCCUGGCCAAGGCGAGGAUAGCUACCUUUCGAUCUACGCUCGAGUGGUGGACACCGAUGACAGCCUCAAAUCUUUUUCGCCUUUCAGCCGCCGCUGCUAUUUCGAGUACGAGGCUCAGAAUCCGGUCCACGAGCAGCUGGUGAAGACGUACAGCUACAGCUACACCUUUCCGAACUGCAUAACCAGGUGCCGUAUCCGGAGUAUCAUGGCCCUGUGCCGGUGCCUACCCUUCCAACUGCCACUUCAGCUGGUGGAGAACCUCGACGGCGUUGUCUUCUGCACCCUGGGACACGUUGCCUGCCUCAAUCAGUACAUGUUUAAGUGGCGAAAUGUCCUGACGGAACGACACCUUAUUGUUGGCUUGGAACGGGAAAUCGAGGAGGCACUUUACUGCCCACAGUGUCUGCCCUCCUGCCGGGAUGUCCAGUACGGGGUUUCAAUGAGUGCCCUGCCCAUCGAUAACUACCUGGCCACCCUGAAGCUGGAUGAGAACAACCAGACGGAGUUCAGCACAAACAUCUCCGUUCUCAGGGUCUACUUCGGAGAGCCCACUGCCCAAUAUUAUAUCCGACUGCUGAAUAACACCUGGUUCGAAGUGUUCAGUACCAUAGGUAACAUCAUGUCCAUCUUCGUGGGCUUCUCCAUGGUGGCCAUAUUCGAGAUACUCUUCUUUCUGACCAAGUACAUCUAUGAGGGCUGCAAUCGCAUCGUGCAGCAGAACAUAAUGGAUCGGAAGGACCAGGAGUUGGAAGCAAAACAGUUGUACAUAUGUCCUUAAGGCAGUUGUACAUUUGUCCUUAAGGCAGUUGUACAUAUGUCCUUGAAGCAGUUGUACAUAUGUCCUUAAAGCAGUUGUACACAUGUCCUUGAAGCAGUUGGCAUCCU